AUGCUAAUUUCUACGGAAAACAUAUCAACAUCAAAUAUUGAUAAAAAUAAAAUUUUGAGAAAGAAUUAUAAAGAUAACGAUGUUUUUAAUAUGGAUAAAACAGAUUUGUUUAUAAAGGGUUUGACAAUAAAUCAUAUAUGUUUAAACAGGAUGACAAAAAGAAUUCUAAGUAAAACAAAACUAGAAUAUCAAUAG